AUGUAUGCAGAUAUACCGAUUACGGAUAAUAUUCAACGUAUUAUGUUUGAAAUUGAUAUAGAUACACGUAUACAAAAUACAAAAGCAUAUGCUAGUAUUAGACAUUUAAGUAACUUUUAUGAUGAAAAUGAAGUAUUAAUUAUGCUUGGAAGUAUCUUCAAAAUUAAAUCAGUGAUAUAUAAUAAAAAAGAACAAAUGUGGAUUGCUCAUUUAGUAAUGUGUUCAGAAGAUGACUUCGAGCUAAGAGAUUUGCUUAAACAAAUAAAAAAGGAAACAAAAGCUGGUGUAACGUCAGUGGGAUUUUUAUUAUAUCGACAAGAGCUUCAUCGAAACUUAAAUGAUCACGAGAAUCGUGUUUCAUUUGGUAUGAUGGCUUAUAAUUUCGCUCGGCCAAGCAAGAUGGAAGCUCAACAUGUUAAAGCAAUAUUAUCUAAUGCUCAUAAACAACCCAGACGACGACAAUUUGUUCAACCACAAGAUACACGGGUUACAUCUUUUACAACAGCUGGUGCAGCCCAAAAUAUUUGGGAUAAUGAAUCUUUGAUUACAGUUAUGCUUGAUGGUGAUCCAUUUCGAUUCUAUACGAAUUGGAUUAUUCCUGGCAAUACUAUUCUACAACGUUGGCGUACAUAUCAUAUGGAACAAUGA